AUGUCUUAUAAAUUUUUACAGUCUCAAAAUCGAGACCGUUCACGCCGCCAACAAAACCCUCAAAUCCCUACCAAAUCAUUCUCAUUUAUUGUCACAAAGUCUGCAAACCCUUCAAACCCCACCCAGCAAAAUUUUGCAACCAAGCCUAAACAAAUUCAAAAUUCGCCUAAUAUAAAUCCUCGAAAUCUCGAAGCAGGGAAAUAUCUCUAUAUAAAAAACCAAAAAUUAAUAUCAAGUCAAGACAAUUUAAUUCCUUCAAAUGAAAAAGUCCAGUCAAUUCCUUCAUAUGACGAUUUAUGUCAGCCUGAAAGCUUAAGUAAUCAUGAAUCUGAUCAUAGUUUAUUAAUAAGUGAUAGGCUUGGCCACGUUACAGGAGUGGAUUCUUACUCACAUUUGAGUACUGAAGAAGCUAAAGUAUUGACUCAAGUAAGAGAUCAGCAACCUAAAGCUGAACUGAGAAGCUCGCCAAUUAUUUUUUCAUCAGUGUCAUCAAGGCACUCAAGUCCAAAAAAAGUUGAUAGGUAGAUUUUAUUUAGUAUUGCUCAAAAAACUAAUGAGCUUGAAGCUAUAUUUAAAGAAGAAAUCGAAAAAUACAAAAAACUUGAAAAAAUCUAUAACGACCUAUUAGAAAAGCAUACAGAAUCUGAAACGAGCAACGAAAAGCUAAUCCAAAACCUUUCUAAAGAGAUAAACCGCUUAAAAACUCAUCAAGAGCCAACAAAACCUCAAGAAAAUCCUACACUUUCUUUAGUGUUAGAAGAAAUAAAGCUUAUUAAAGAGAGAUUGGAUAUUAUUGAAAAAUCUCAAUAA